AUUUUUUUUUCUAAAAUGCAGAUAAAAAUGGCAAACUCUUUUCCAUCAAAGACCUUUACUGCACUUUCAGAUCUAUAUCCAAACAUGGCUAAUCUGAAAAUAAUUGGUAUAGUUAUCGGGAAAACAGAUGUCAAAGGCUUUCCAGACAGAAAAAAUCUUGGAUCAGAAAGGUAUACUUUCAGUUUCACCAUUCGCGAUUCACCAAUGUAUUUUGUAAAUGCGACAUCCUGGGGCAGUGAGGAGUACAUCAAGUCACUUUCUGGCAGCUUCACGGUUGGUGAGUGUGUGAUAAUUGAAAAUCCCUUGAUCCAGAAGAAAGAACUAGAGAGAGAAGAAAAAUUCAGCCCCGCAACUCCUAGCAGCUGUAAACUUCUGCUCAGUGAGAAUCACUCAGCCAUAAAAGUUUGUUCCAGCUAUGAAGUGGACACCAACUUACUUUCUUUGAUACACUUACCUGUUAAAGAGUCUCAAGAUUAUUAUUCACUGGGUGACAUUGUUGCAAAUGGACACAGUCUGGCUGGGAGGAUUAUUAAUGUACUGGCAGCUGUGAGGUCGGUUGGAGAGCCAAAGUUCUUUACAACUUCAGACCGAAGGAAAGGCCAGAGGUGUGAAGUCCAACUCUGUGACAGGACAGAGUCUUCUUUCAUGAUGAUAUGUUGGGACAAUGAAUCCAUUCUACUUGCACAGAGCUGGGUACCCCGGGAAACAGUAAUAUUUGCUGCAGAUAUACGAAUAAGUUUUGACAAAUUUAGGAACUGCAUGACUGCAACAGUAACCUCAAAAACUAUUAUUACAGCUAAUCCAGAUACACCGGAAGCUAACAUCCUACUGAAUUUUAUAAGAGAAAACAAAGGAACAAAUGUUCUGGAUGAUGAAAUGGACUUUUUGAAAGAAUCCAUAAACUUAAAUACAAUAGUUGAUGUCUAUACAGUUGAACAAGUAAAGGCAAAAGCUUUGCAGAGUGAGGGAAAAGCCGACCCUUUUUUUGGCAUUCUCUACGCUUACAUCUCCACACUGAACAUUGAUGAUGAAACUACAAAAGUAGUUCGGAAUAGAUGUUCCAGCUGUGGCUACAAAGUAAAAGAAGCAUCUGAGCCAUGCACAACUUGCAACCGAGAUCCUGCAGAAUUUAGAUCUGCGACUCUCAGCUUUGACAUGCUGAUUGAUCUUACUGACCACACAGGUACCCUCCACUCCUGCAGCCUCACGGGAGAGGUUGCUGAGGAGGCGUUGGGCUGCACGGUAAAUGAGUUUCUUGCAAUGACAGAUGAACAGAAAACAGCACUAAAAUGGCAAUUUCUUUUGGAAAGAAGCAAAGUAUAUUUAAAAUUUGUCUUGUCACAAAGAGCACGGGCCGGACUGAGGAUUAGCGUCCUCGCCUGUAAACUUGCAGAUCCUGUUGAGGCCAGCAGGAACUUGUCUGGACGAGGGCGUGUUUAAACCACAUAUUACUUUAAACUCUAGAAAAGUACAGGAGUUGUAACUCACUUUAAAAUGGAAUAUUGGUUGGAAAAUUAUGGACAAAAUUGUGUUUUGUUGCCGUCCCCUCCUGCCUGGAAGAGAUGCACAAGAGUUAAUAAACCCGUUUGUUCUU